GCCAGUUGCGUGUUGCGCGUGAUUGGUUCCGCCAACAUCUUGCCUUCAUGCGUUCACCCAUGGCGAGACGGCGGGUCGCUGCCGUCACUGCCGUCACUGCAGCUUUGUACGGAGGAUUCUGCAGCCAAAGUUUUGCUGUGAGCGGCAAGGCGCGCGCGCAGCUCGCGCCGUUGGCGCGGCAUCUGGAUGCGCGCCCCGCACGUGUGGCGUGGGUGGGCCUGCAGCAAAGCACGCGAGGUGUCCGCACUGCGCGGCGGCUCUUCGACUCAGGCAGCUUUUUCGGCGUGGGGGUCCCUGAAGCGCUGGUCAUCGCCCUGCUUGGCUGGUUUUUGUUGGGCCCUGAAGAGCUCUUCAAGAUUUCCAAGAAGGUGGGCGGCUGGCUGGGCGAGCUGCGCAGCUACAUCGGCCAGGCAGCUAGGCAGUACGAGUCGGCAUUGGACGACAAGAGCACGCGCCAAGCCAUCGAGGGCCUGCGCCAGACUCAGCAGACCGUGUCGGAGCUCGCUGGCUCCUGGCGCUCUGUGACGGACUCCCUGAGGGAUCCCCUCGCCAUCUCCUCCACGCUGCAGUCUACCUUUGACAAGUACUCCCCAAGCCAAAUGCAGACAGCCAAGGC